AUGGCCACUGAAACCACCUCCAUAAACGCCGCCGCCUUCGCCGAAGCUAUCCAAGAGCUCCCCCUCUCUGCUGUCUACGGCAAAGUCACCGAGCUGCGCAACUCCAUCGCACACCUGUACCGCUCUAAUUCGGAGCUGCGCGUAUUCCUGACUGAGUCCAGCGACCCAGAAGAAGAGAAGAAGGAACUGGAAAGCUAUGUCACAGAGAACGAGGGCGUGAUAGCCUCCAUGAAUGAGCGGAUUAAGCUGCUGAGGACGGAGGUUGAAAAUCGCGGGCAGCCAUGGCUUGAAGUGGAGGACGAAAGGGAGGAGGAACGGCAGAAGCUUUCAAGUGAUGCGGUGGCAACAAAUGGGAAUUCUUCUGCUCCGGAGGCGCAACAGGAUUCGACUGCGCGGAAUGAAGGGGAGGACGGGGUGCAUCUUUGA